UAAAGCAAACAAAUCUGUAGAAAAUCGGAAUUAAUUAAGUGUGAAGGGCGGUCCUCCGCACCAAAUCCGCACCGAUAGCUUAACAAAUUCACAACAACCUGGGCGGAGGAAGAGAGAGAGGUACGGGCGACGGAGCUACGUCGUUUCACGUACGGUCGAGUGGAUGGGCCAAUCAGCUUCCACUGCCGCCGGAGCUCAGAAUCAAAGCCACCGAGGAAAGUCCAGAUCUACGGCAGCGAUUUCCCCGAUGAAGGAGAGUGAGAGCUCGGAUGACGUCACCGACGGCUCUAUCGACGACGACGGUGCUUACGAUUACACUUCCAAUAUUCCGGACGAGUGUUUGGCGUGUAUAUUUCAGUGCCUUAGUUCCGGGGACCGGAAGCGGUGCUCCCUCGUCUGCCGUCGGUGGUUACAGAUCGAAGGACAGAGUCGCCACCGUCUCUCGCUUAACGCACUAGCUGACCUUGCCGACGUUGCUACCUCCAUAUUCUCGCGAUUCGAUGCGGUCACCAAACUCGCCUUAAAAUGUGACCGCAGAUCCGUGAGUAUCGGUGACGAGGCCUUAGCGCUUAUAUCCUUUCGGUGUCGGAAUCUGACGCGCUUGAAGCUUCGGUCUUGCCGAGAGAUUACUGACUCCGGGAUGGAAGCUUUUGUGAAGAAUUGCAAGGGUUUGAAGAAGCUCUCCUGUGGAUCUUGCAACUUCGGAUCUAAAGGCAUGAACGCUGUGCUCGAUAACUGCCCGUCACUGGAAGAAUUAUCAGUGAAGCGCCUCCGUGGCAUCACAGAUGCGGGUGCAGCGGAGCCAAUUGGUCCCGGCGUCGCUGGCGCAUCGCUAAGAGUUAUUUGCCUAAAGGAGCUUUACAAUGGACAGUGUUUUGGACCUUUGAUUAUUGGAUCGAAGAAUUUGAAGACGCUUAAGCUCUUCAGGUGCUCUGGUGAUUGGGAUAAGCUUCUGGAAAUGGUCGCCGAACAGGUGAGCGGACUCGUCGAGGUUCACCUUGAAAGGCUUCAGGUUAGUGACACCGGUCUUGCUGCAAUUUCGAACUGUUCACAUCUCGAAAUCUUGCACCUUGUAAAAACACCUGAAUGUACUAAUAUUGGGCUAAAGAAUGUUGCUGAACACUGCAAACUUCUUCGGAAGCUUCAUAUUGAUGGAUGGAAAACAAAUAGGAUAAGUGAUGAUGGGUUGCUUGCUGUGGCAAAGCACUGCCCCAAUUUACAAGAAUUGGUUUUGAUUGGAGUGAAUCCAACUCGAACUAGUUUAGAGAAACUGGCUACAAAUUGUGUAAAUUUAGAAAGGUUAGCUUUGUGUGGGAGCGAGACUGUUGGUGACCCAGAGCUCUCCUGUAUUGCUGCAAAAUGCACUGCAUUGAAGAAACUUUGUAUAAAGAGUUGCCCCGUGUCAGACCAGGGAAUGGAAGCUCUUGCCAGUGGGUGUCCAAACUUGAUCAAGGUGAAGGUUAAGAAAUGCAGAUUGGUAACUACCGAGGGUGCAGAUUGGUUGAGGGCAAGUAGGGGUUCCAUUGCCGUGAAUUUAGAUACUACUGAGUUGGAGAAUCCUGAUGGGGCUGCUAGUGAUGGUGGUGCCCCUGAAGUUGGCCAGGAGAAUCGGCAGUUGGGUGGCCAAGAUGGCAGUGGUAGUAUUGCAUCAAGCAGUAAUGGAAGAUCAACCUCCUUCAAAGCAAGGUUAGGGCUUAUUACAGGGCGGAAUUUGGUUGCGUGCACAUUCAGAAGGUGGUCAAGCUUUGGUGGAAAUUCCAGGAAUAAUUAGACAAAGGAACUGGUUGAUUUGGAGUGGAGAACAACACUUCUGAUCUAUUCAAAUUGUUUUGUGUUGUAGUGAUUUUCUGUUUGUCUUUGUGUUUCUAAUUUGGCUGCUCUGUUUUAAUGCCUUCCAUAGAUUACAUUUUUAUGUGUGGAAGUCUGAUUCUAUAACAUGUCUGAAAUAGUGCUUUGUUCUUCACUGUGUGCUACCCAAAAUGCUAGACUGAUAACAGUUGAAUGGGGAAUAGGUUGUUGCUGUUCUUUAAUCA